GGAGGCCUGACUUGAAACCACACCUCCAAGUAUGAAGCUCCUUCUCUCACUUGGUCUGUUUGCGUGUGUGUGUGUGAAGGGGGGGCUGGCUCUUAUACCGCCACUCAUCUGUCUACCAGCAGUCAGCACCUUUGAGCCCGGCGUUCACUAACAGAGUGCUUCCUCGGAAUGUGACUCAAACUCGACGCCACUCUCCUGGACGAAGAGAAGCAGAGACAGAGCAGGAGGAUGGGAACCAACUCGUCGGCCGUGGACAACAAGUUGGACCACUGCAACGUGACAAAUGCUGCAACGUACAACAUCCUCUCCGGGAUCAUUGUGGGACAGUUUGCGCUCGGUCUGCCUCUCAACCUCUCGGUCCUUUACAUCUUCCUCUUCAGGUUCAAGUUCUGGAAGAACAAGAGCGUGUUUCUGUUCAACAUCGUGGUGGCCGACUUUCUGCUGGUGGCCUGCCUUCCCAGCAAGUCCUACAGCUACCACCUGGGCCAGAGGCGAAGUACCAAUCAUGGGCUGUGCAGGACCAUGCUCUUCAUGCUCUUCCUCAACCGCGGGGCCAGCAUCGCCUUCUUAGUCACCCUGACCCUGGACCGUUACUUCAACGUGGUGCACCUCGGACGGUGGAACUUUGUCAAGGUCCUGAAGAAGUCUCCGGAAAUCUCGGUGGUGAUCUGGCUGCUUCUAUUGCCGCUCACCAUCCCGAUCAUGGUCCAGAGCUUCGAGUGCUGCAACAGCCACGGACGAAUCGUGGAGACCAUCUACCAUGACAUCACAGACACCUCCAGAGAGGUUGUGUUCUUCUCGCAAAUCCUCAUCCCUUUCAUCAUCUUGCUCUACUGCACGGUGCGCACUGUCCAUCGGCUCAGGAGGAAGACGGUGGGAGAAAAGGCCAAAUUGAGGCGGGCCAUGUGUGUGGUUAUGUCGGUGAUGGUCAUCUUCUCCGUUUGCUUCCUGCCGUGCGCCGUCGCCCGAGCGGCAUUGCUAUUCGUGCGUCUGAAAGGAUGGCAGGAAACCGAGAGUGUGAUGGUUCAGGUGAACGACUCGCUCAUGGUGCUGUCCUACACCGACUGCCUACUGGACCCGCUGGUCUACUGCUUCUGCCACUCGGGGUUUAAGCACGCCUACCUGAACACCUUCUGUCCGGCUUUCCUCCACAAGAGACUGUGUAAGGCCAAAACCACAACAAUGACUACUACGAUUACCUCUGCAGGCCUCUCUUUGCCAAUGGUUGAGAACUUUCAAGUAUGAAUGAUAUUUGGAUGUGUUAUUUUAUUGUCUGAAGUGAUAGUCCAUCAUUAUGUAGGCCCAGACGUUAAAUGGCAUUUUAUGUGGUCAUAUUGCAAAAACUGUAUUGAAAAAAAAAAAAAGAACAAAGGUUAUGAAAUGAGGAACUUAACCUUGAAAUACGCUUGACCCAAAUUAGGUCACGCACGUAGAUUAUUGUAAUGGUAAUGUUCUUGCAGUUUUCAGCAGCAACACGAUAAUUCAUGACAUCCACUGAUCAUCGUUACCUUGAUGACAGAUGUUGAAAUUACAAUCACCGUCGAAAACGUAAGUAUUAAUAAUGUGUUUAAUCAUUUAUGAGAGAAGUGAAGCAACACUGCACUGGAGAUGAAUUAAGACGCUUCUCUGUUGCCCUCUGCCGGCAGUGAAUGGUGACACUGAGCUUCUCCACCAAUGACUGAUCUUGGCCAUAGUUCCAAGACAGUGACUGAAGUAACUCCAGCAAAACUAACAGUACAACAUAUUCAAAAGUAAUUCCCAUAAAAUGCCAAAUAAAAACCUGAUUUAAUGUUU